AUGGAAAAAAAUUCCGAACCGUCAGCUAACGGGGAAACACCUGGAAAAUCUAUAAUGAAUUUUUUAAAACGCGCUCUGAGCUUCCGCAGAAGAACACAUAGUGAUGUUGCGUCAACUUCUGAUGAUUGUUUUCCGCUUGUCGCACCGUCAGUCUACGAAGAUCCUUUUGUUGCUGUCACAGCCGAUGGCUUCUUGCAUAUUAAAUAUUACAUGGUCUUCAAUCCAAAGGCGGAGUUCCAUAUGAACCCUAUUCAUACUCCACUUGUUAGACAGUAUGCGAGAAGCGUUGAAAUUAGUCAAAUUGAAAUCAUUUUUUACGCAUCGGGUCACGAAUCUCAAGAUGAACAAGUUUGCAAAACUUGGGGAAUUAGCCGAAACGAUGUCUGGUGGGCAAGUCACUUGAAUCGGAAUGAAAAGGGAAAUCUUUUUACUAAGGUCGUGAUUGAUGAAGGAUUAACUAUGCGCACUGGAUUCUCUGUUGUUAACAUGGAGGCGCUUGCUGAAGUCUUGCAAUGUCUAGGAUUGCCAACUGAUACUCCAUUCCAACAUGGAAUUCCAAGCCCACCGUUCAAGGUUCUACAAAUUCCUUUCAUUGAUGACAAUGUGGACGAUCUAGACAAAGAUAAAGCCACAUCUUCUUAA